CCCCGCGCCCUCCAGCGCGCCGGCGGGACCAUGAAGAAGUUCUCGCGAAUGCCCAAGUCGGAGAGCGGCGGCGGCGGAGCGGCGGGCGGCAGUGCCGGCGGCAUCGGGGCCGGCUCCGGCGGCUCGUCCGUGGGCGUGCGGGUGUUCUCGGUCGGCCGCUACCAGGUCACCCUGGAGGAGUCGCUGGCCGAAGGUGGAUUCUCCACGGUUUUCCUGGUGCGUACUCAUGGUGGAAUCCGCCAUGCAUUAAAGCGAAUGUAUGUCAAUAACAUGCCAGACCUCAACAUUUGCAAAAGGGAAAUUACAAUUAUGAAAGAGCUUUCUGGUCACAAAAAUAUCGUGAGUUAUUUGGAUUGUGCUGUUAAUUCAAUUAGUGAUAAUGUAUGGGAAGUACUUAUCUUAAUGGAAUAUUGUCGAGCUGGACAGGUAGUGAAUCAGAUGAAUAAGAAGCUGCAGACGGGUUUUACAGAAACAGAAGUGUUACAGAUCUUCUGUGACACCUGCGAAGCCGUUGCAAGGUUGCAUCAAUGUAAGACUCCAAUAAUUCACCGAGAUCUGAAGGUAGAAAAUAUUUUGUUGAAUGAUGGUGGAAAUUAUGUACUUUGUGACUUUGGCAGUGCCACUAAUAAAUUUCUUAAUCCUCAAAAAGAUGGAGUUAAUGUAGUAGAAGAAGAAAUUAAAAAGUAUACAACUCUGUCAUAUAGAGCCCCUGAAAUGAUCAACCUUUAUGGAGGGAAACCCAUCACCACCAAGGCUGAUAUCUGGGCACUGGGAUGUUUACUUUAUAAACUUUGUUUCUUCACUCUUCCUUUUGGUGAAAGUCUGGUUGCUAUUUGUGACGGCACCUUCACCAUCCCAGACAAUUCUCGUUACUCCCGUAACAUACAUUGCUUAAUAAGGUUCAUGCUUGAACCAGACCCAGAGCAUAGACCUGAUAUAUUUCAAGUAUCCUAUUUCGCAUUUAAAUUUGCCAAAAAGGAUUGUCCAGUCUCCAACAUCAAUAAUUCUUCCAUUCCUUCAGCUCUUCCUGAACCUAUGACCGCUAGUGAAGCAGCUGCUAGGAAAAGCCAAAUGAAAACCAGAAUAACAGAUACCAUUGGACCAACAGAAACCUCAAUUGCACCAAGACAAAGACCAAAGGCUAACUCUACUACUGCCACUCCCAGUGUGCUGAACAUUCAAAAUUCAGCAACACCUGUUAAAGUCCCUGCUCUUGGUGAAUUUGGGAACCACAGACCAAAAGGAGCACUGAGACCUGAAAACAGUCCUGAGACUUUACUGGGUCAAGGCCCUCCUCAGCAGCCUCCACCGCAGCAUAGAGUACUUCAGCAGCUACAACAGGGAGAUUGGAGAUUGCAGCAACUUCAUUUACAGCAUCGUCAUCCUCAUCAUCAGCAGCAACAGCAUCAACUACUUCAGGAUGCUUACAUGCAGCAGUAUCAACAUGCAAUACAACAGCAACAGAUACUCCAACAACAGUUUUCAUUGCAUUCGGUAUAUCAGCCUCAACCUUCUGCAUCACAGUAUUCUACAAUGAUGCAGCAGUAUCAACAGGCUUUCCUGCAGCAGCAGAUGCUGGCUCAACAUCAGCAGUCUCAGCCACAGGCAUCACCUGAAUAUCUUACUUCCCCUCAAGAAUUCUCACCAGCCUUAGCUUCCUAUACUUCAUCACAGCAAACUCGGAUUGGAACUGUAAUGGACCCCUCCUACACUGCUAAUAGGUCAGUUGCUGAUAAAGAGGCAGCUGCAAAUAUUACAAGUCAGAAGAACAUCAGUAACCCACCUGAUAUGUCAGGGUGGAAUCCUUUUGGAGAGGAUAAUUUCUCCAAGUUAACAGAAGAGGAACUGUUGGACAGAGAAUUUGACCUUCUAAGAUCAAACAGACUGGAUGAGAACGCAUCCUCAGAUAAGAAUGUAGACCCACUUUCUGCUUCACAUAACCAUCCUCCAGAAGAUCUUUUUGGUUCUGUUCCUUUCAUUUCUCACUCAGGUUCUCCAGAAAAGAAAAUGGAACAUUCAUCCAUGAAUCAAGAAAAGAACACUGCAGCCCCUAUCAAGAAUAGGAAAGCAAGCCCAGUAUCUAAAGAUCACCGGCCUGCAAAGAAAACAUCAGAGAAUUUGUCAGUACAGGGUCAUGUGCAGAAGGGGAAUGAUGAAUCUGAAAGUGAUUUUGAGUCAGAUCCACCUUCUCCGAAGAGUAGUGAGGAGGAAGAGCAAGAAGAUGAGGAGGUUCUUCAGGGGGAGCAGGGAGAUUUCAUUGACGAUGAUACUGAGCCUGAAAAUCUGGGUCAUCGGCCUCUCCUCAUGGAUUCCGAAGAUGAGGAGGAAGAGGAGAAACAUAGCUCGGAUUCUGAUUACGAGCAGGUCAAAGCAGACUACAGUGACACGAGCCCUGUUUACAGAGACAAACCUGGCAGUGGGCCAGUCCCAGAUCGUAAUUCAACAGUCCUCGCCCCAGCCCAGCCGCCCCCUGAUGGUGGAGUGGAGAUCCUCAAACAAGAGUUCGAUGUGUUUGGCGCUGUGCCAUUCUCCGCAGUGCGUGCGCAGCAGUCCCAGCAAGGAGAGAAUGAAAAGAACCUCUCUAAACAGAUGCCUUUUCUUACUGAGGGGCUAGAGCAAGAGGAGUUUGAUGUUUUCACGAAGGCCCCCUUUAGCAAGAAGGUAAACUUACCAGACUGCCAGGCGCCUGAAGCACACACUCUCCCUGUUUGUCCCAAAAAUGUAGAUAUAUUUGGCUUCACACCAUUUCAGCCCUUACCCGCACCAACAAGUAAAAGUGAAAGCAAUGAGGAUAUUUUUGGGCUUGUGCCAUUUGAGGAAAUAACUGGGACUCAGCAACAAAAAGUCAAGCAGCGCAGCUUACAGAAACUGUCUUCUCGCCAAAGGCGCACAAAGCAGGACAUGUCAAAGAGUAAUGGGAAGCGGCAUCACGGCACGCCAACUAGCACAAAGAAGACUGUGAAGCCUAUCUAUCGCACUCCAGAGAGGGCUCGUAGGCACAAAAAAGUGGGCCGCCGAGACUCUCAAAGUAGCAAUGAAUUCUUAACCAUCUCAGACUCCAAGGAGAACAUCAGUGUUGCACUGACUGAUGGGAAAGACAGGGGCAGUGUCCUGCCCCAGGAGGAGAGUCUGUUGGACCCCUUUGGUGCCAAGCCCUUCCACCCUCCAGACCUGCCGUGGCACCCUUCCCAUCAGGGCCUGAGCGAUAUCCGUGCUGACCACAGUCCUGCCCUGCCUGGGCGGCCAAGGCCUAAUUCACUACAUGGGUCAUUUCAUAGUGUAGAUGCGUUGAAAAUGGAUGAUUUUGGUGCUGUGCCCUUUACUGAACUUGUGGUGCACAGCAUCACUUCCCAUCCGUCCCAACAAUCCCAGUCAGUCGAAUUAGACCCAUUUGGUGCUGCUCCAUUUCCUUCUAAACAGUAGAUCAGUCUGACGGACUCUUGGCAUUAACUCCUGUUUCAAAAAAAGUAUGAAUAGUUUUAUGAAUAUGAAAGAAAAUUUAUUUGUAUAGCUCUUUAUAGCAUUCAUUCUUACAGGUCAAUCAGAAUAGGAGAUUUUUAAAUAAACCAAAUAGAAAAAGGAAGGAAAUCGCAAGGUAGGCCUGGAGGCCUCUGCCAAGCAGGAGAAAAGAGAGCUGAAUUGUAUACUCCAACCCGGGGUUUCAGCCGCUGAUCUGACAGCACAGAAAUCCGGGGAAAGCACAUGGUACCUUCCCAGUUGCGUGGCCACUGAGAGGGAACUGGAAAACUGUGUGGUUAGUUUUAUAACAAAAUGUCACAUUUGUGUGUUAUGCCAGAACCCAGCAUUUUAAAACCAAGCUUAUUUUUCCAUACACAGGUUACAUUUGUGGAUUUUUAAAAAAUGUCUUUUCUGAUUUCCACACAGUAAACAAGUCUACUUUCCCCAAAUGAGUUGGAAAGUUAUUAUCUGGACAGUGCAGAUAAUUUAGUCCUUACACCUUUCUCUACAACGCAGAGCCAGAAGUCAAUGACUAUUGUGCCUAACACUCACUGCAUUUUAAAAAACAAGUGCCAUUAAUAUGAAAUAUCUACAUGGAAGGCUAGAACAAAAACUAAAGGGUAUUAUCUGACAUUUGGAAAAUGUAAAAGGAAAAAAAUAUAGCAGAAGAGGGGAAAAAAACCUCAGUACUUCACAAACACUGUUCGUUUUCUAAAACUUGUAUCAUGUUCCCAAUAAAGCAGAUCAUUGGAAAACUUGGGAGGACCAAGAUUCUAUAGAAAUUUUAUUUCAGAAAGAAAUGUGAAGCUGAAACCCUGAGUUUUUAAGCGGUUUACAAUAUCAAAUCAUGUUACAUUUACUAAUAUACUUAAAAUACCACCUUCACCAAAUGUUCCCCAAGUUGUAAUCAACACUUUUUGUUAGGUUUGGAGGGUGGAAUAGUUUUAAUAAAGUGCACAGAACAGUGAAAUCCACAAAGCCUUAUAGGUAGGACUUACAUGUCCUGCUGCAAAGUACCUCUGCACUGUUACACAAGAUCUGAAAAUGGCUGUAAGGUACUAGAUGACGAGGGACUAGCAUCUACACUCGGCUAGUUGAUUGCGUCCUUAGUGAAAAGAAUCCAUUUACCAAAUUGCCUUUCUUUUUUACACCACAGAUCCUAAUUAGAAACUUGAGAUUUUAUAGACAUUGUUUAAUAAGAUAGAAGUUACAUAUAUGAAUUAAUGUGAAUACAGUAUGUGUGCUUUCUGUGUCUCCAGCUAUUUUCAGUUAUAAUUAACUCUCCUUUCCUGUCAAAUCAACAUUUAGAAGUUUUCAGAACUGUUGGAGCUGUUUACUAGAAGGAGGUGGGAAACUUUAUUACCUGGCACUCUCCUGGCUUGCUGUAUUUUAAAUGAACUGAAUGCUUUUGAAUCCAAUUAAAAUGUGUUUUAUAAGUAAUCUUAUUAGAAUCUAUUAUAGUGUCCCCCAUGGGAUGAACUAUUUGUCUGUUUUCACAGUUCUAAGCAAAGUAUAUGUAACUAUAAACAAUUAAUUCACUUCUUUUAUUGUGCCUCUUUUUUAUAUUUUAAAUCAGACAAAUUUGUGGACAGGCACUGAGGCCAACCAAGCAUUACGUUAUUGCGUAAGAGUUGUACUUUUAGUGCACCAAUUACUUGUUCUUGUGCCAAAGGCAAAUAUUAUGUUUGCACCUUUAUUUUUCCUGAUUCUCAGGUUGAUUAAUACUGAUAAUACAAAACAUUCAAGUAGAUGGUCUUUAAAACUUUAUACUAAGUAGAUUCAAGUGAUAACUUUCUUUUAAAAGUGAAGAGUUGAUGAUUGCACAUAGUAAAUUCAUGAACUAUACAGUAGGUUUGUAUCAAACAAGAAUUUUAUUUUAAAUGAAAAUCUGUUGAUUGAUAAACACAAUAUACAUCUUUGACUAUUUUAGUCCUUGUUCUCUGCUAGACCUCAUGUGUCUCAUAAUUUAAAAGGGGUAGUGAACGAAUUAGUGUGGUCUCCUUGGAUAUAUUUGAACUCCCUAGAUACUGUUUGAUACUACGGCUUUGUGCUUGCUUUCCAAUAUACUGAAUAAUUUUAAAUGAUCUAGACACUGAUUUAGACAUUUUGACUUAUGUUAAAUUCUAAGGAGACAACUUUGACAUUGCUAUUUAUUAUGUCACAACACAGUGACUUUCCUUUUGAAACAUUUAGGAUUCAAUAGGAGACCCAGUGGAAUAAGUAGAAAUGGGGAAAAUCCUUUGUGUUAAAGUAGAGACAUUUUCCCAAGGAGUACAGAAAUCAGGUUGCAUUCCAUUUUCGGUCAUCUUCUCCCACAAUUGUUAGGAUGUAGGUCAUUGCACAUAGCUGAUACCCAGGUAAUUCCCUUAUGUGAAUUAUGAAACUAAAGCUCAAAAGGCACAUCAAAGAGCUUAACAUAUACUUGGCACUCAGUAGAAAUUUGGCUUUAUUAUGGGAUGGUCCAAUUCUUGUAUAAGGAAGGAAAGUUGAAAAGCAAUUAUUCUAUUAUUAAUCGGGUGUCCCCUAUGUUUCUUUAGCAUGUAAAGUAGUCAUAAUUCUAAACCUGUUAUACUUGAACAUCACCUAAGAGGAGUAAAAUAAGAAGCUAGCAAAACUCUGAGGCCAAAGUUAAUUCUGUCCUAACAGCUUUAAUAUAAAUGCUUGUUGAUUUUGAAUAAUCCUUUUAAAUACAGACCACUUAUGUUAAUAUCCUUUCAGCAAAUUGUUGAUAUUAAAAAGAUCAGCUUUUAUGGCAUUGAAGAAUGUACCUAUCUGCUAAAACACAAAAGUUGCUUGGUAUAUAUAUAAGGUGGAGAAGCUGCGUGAAAUUUUAAGUAUUUAUUUCAGAAAGUACUGAUCAGGAAAUAGUGUAAUUUUCCACUGAUCUGCCCCGUCCUCUGUGUGUGUGUGUGUGUGUGUGUGUGUGUGUGUGUAUGUUCUCGCAUUUGUAAUUGUAGCUAUACCUUUUGAUUUUACCCUGUUUAUUGUUUAACAGUGAUAGACCAUUGUUUUCAUCUUGCUGGUGGAAAACACAAAGGUGAAACCCACUCUUCUAUUCUGAUGUUCACCAGGCAGAGCAGUUUUCUUACUUGUUAGCUACUCUGGUUGGUUUAAGGUUUUGGUACUUCACAAAAGCACUGCUAGAAGGUACAUGCAUAUUAAUAUCACUAGUUCUGAGGAGGUUUGGAUACAUUUGUUUUACUAUAUGUAGAAUGUACAGUGAACUUUUUCUUUUUAGCAAAAUUACUCAUUUUAGGUCUAAUAUUGAGCUAACAGAUCUACUGUGAGAAUGAGAUGACAUGUACUGUGAGAAUAACAUAAAUGAUAGUUUAUUUGGAAAUUUUUAUACUUGGUGUUUAUAUAUUAUGAUAAAUAUGUACACAUACAUGCAAUCAAUGUGAAUCUUUUGUUUUAAAUGGAAUUGCAACCACAAUCAUUUCUAAAAGAACAUUCAUUCCUAGUGAGGGUUUUCAAAAGCCACUAAAAGAAUAAAGUAGAUGAAAAUGCAAAGGGUCAUCAUUUUGGGUUAUUUUUAUUUUAAAAUUUAUAGUUCUACUUUUUGAAAAAAAAUUUUAUUACUAUGAUUAUUUGUGAUUGAAAUGUCAUCUAGUAGUAAGCAGUAUAGUAAUAGUAUGCUACUUUUUAAUUGCUGGCAAACAGCUUUAAGUGCACUUUCUUUGAUUACACUUCCAUUUUUUGUUAAACUUGAAUUUUCUAAAGGCUUUUAUGUACCACUAAGCAAAGAACUAACUUUUAAAUAAAUCUGAUAGGCAUCUUUAUUAUAUUUCUAAUUGUUACAAAACUACUUUCUAAAGUAACUUCAGUCCUCUAAUAUAGCUGGGAAACUGUUAUGAAAUAGAAUCAGUUGCUUAUUCUUCCUAUAUUCAAUUAAGCACUAACAGGUUUUACUACUUUGUUGCCUUUACGUUGCUGAUUCUUAAUGACUGAAUUCUGUCCCCUAUUUGUUUUGUUUGAAAUUUAAAGUUAUUUUCUUACUGUAUUUAUCAUACCUACUGUUUUAAUAAUCUGCUUUCUUUAAUUGCAAUAAAUCCCAAAUGGAUUGCAUAUUCUUUAUAAUCAGUGACUUCAGAGUUUUUCAUUAUUUGUCUUACUAAAAGUUUUGGAUGUAAAAUUCUAUUCAGUUCUUUCAUCCACACAAUAGACAUAAAGCACCUAUUAUGCAUCAGCCAGUGGAAGUGAAAAAUGAAUAGCAUUAGAUCUCUGUUAAAGAUCUUAUAAUUUAGGAUUUAAGUAAGAAAACCUAUUACUUUUGCUACAGUAGUACAAUUUGUACAGGUAUUACAAUGGCUGGUACUUCUAAUGAUGAAGAUGAAGCAAAACACAAAACUUAGAAGUACCUUUUUAAUUAGUUGUUGGGCUUAAUUUUAUAUGU